AGAAGUGAGCAAGAUCGAAAGAAAGACAGAGAGAGAAUAUAGAGUAGGUAGAGAGAGAGGGAGAGAGAAGGUAAGAUUAUGAGAGGAAAGGAGAAAGAAAUAAGAGUUUUGGGAAAUGUAUUUGUAUCUUAAGUGUGGUAUCUUGACUCCUUUCCACUGAGCAUUUCUGUAUGUCAGUAUUAUCAUUUGUGUGAUGCCAAUUUUUAUUCAUUUUUUCUUUACUCUUGAAGAGCCUGAAAAGAAUCCAGAAUGCACAAUGUCACUGCAAUAACUGGAUUCAUCCUCAUGGGGUUCUCUGACAUCCAGAAGCUGCAGACUUUAUGUGGAGUGCUCUUCCUAGGGAUGUACAUGGCAGUUGUAAUAAGCAAUCUCAUCAUCAUCACUCUUAUCACCAUUGACCUGCAGCUUCAAACACCCAUGUACUUCUUCUUGAAGAAUGUGUCCUUGUUGGAUGUCUUCUUUGUGUCUGUUCCCAUUCCAAAUUUCUUUGUCAAUAGCCUAACUCACAACAAUUCCAUUUCCAUUCUUGGUUGUGUCUUCCAGGUAUUUUUAAUGACUUCAUUUGCAGCAGGAGAAGUAUUUGUCCUGACUGCCAUGUCCUAUGACCGCUAUGUUGCCAUUUGCAAUCCCUUGCACUACCAAUCCAUAAUGAGUAGUGGUACAUGUGUGCUGAUGGUGGGUGUUUCCUGGGCUAUUGGGGUAAUAAUUGGAGUCUUAUACACAGCUGGCACAUUUUCUCUGCCCUUCUGUGGCUCCAAUGUGAUCCUGCAGAUUUUUUGUGAUGUUCCCUCAUUGCUAAGGAUUUCAUGCUCCAAAACACUCGUGGUCAUUUAUUCAAGUCUUGGAAUUGGUGUUUGUGUGGCCAUGUCUUGCUUAAUCUGUGUGAUGAUCUCUUACUUUUACAUAUUCUCCACUGUGUUGAAGAUUCCUACUACUAAAGGUCAGUCCAAAGCAUUUUCCACGUGCAUCCCCCACCUCACUGUUCUCACUGUUUUCAUAGCUACUGCUUGCUUUGUCUAUCUGAAGCCUCCCUCAGAUGUACCAUCAAUCACAGACAGGCUCUUUUCUGUGCUCUACACUGUGUUACCUCCAGCACUGAAUCCUUUGAUCUACAGCCUGAGGAACAGUGAUGUCAAGUGUGCUCUGAGGAGGUUACAUCAAAAUCUCUGCUCAAGGGGUUCACUUCAUUUAAAACUUCAAAGUAUUUUUCAGUGGCAUAGCACCUCACAAGUUACAAGCAAGAUUUGUAAUUUUUGACUUUAGAAAGACAAUUAUAGAAUUCAUAUUUUGACUUGAGUAAAUAAAAACUCAGAACAGGGCUUAUAUUAUAUAAGAUCAGAAAAUUAGAUUGCAUCAGACUAACAUAUGAAUUCAUGGUACUAGUUUCUUCCUCUGUAUGAUAAAGCUGUUCUCAUUUGAGAAAUAUAACCUUCUAAAUCUAUUGUUCAGUUUUAAUGCUAAGAUUCCAUGCUAGGUCAUUUUGUGACUUUUUAUCAGGUUCAUUUCGUUCAUAACUAACUAACUAACUAACUAACUAACUAAGUGAAUGAAUCAAUAAAAGACCAAUUUAGAUAGGGAAAGUAUGUGAGCAAUAUAGGUAAAUCCACAUAUGGCUCCUAUGCCAAUCUGUCUAGUAGUGAGAAAAACAGCAGAGAAACUAAAUCAGUAGAAUGAGAACAUUCUGGAGACUUGACCCAAUCUGUAAAGCAAUACCAAAUGCUUACAGCAAAGACAAAUCUGGAGAAAGAUUAUGUGAGCCAAGUUCUAAAAUAUAAUUAGUGGCCACUCUGGAUGAGGAUAUUGUCAGAAAGACAGUAGAGAGGUGGAAAUUUUUGUGGCUCAUUUUUGCCACUUCUCUUCAAUACAAACAUUAUUUAAAGAUGAGAGAAGGCAAGCUCAUUUGUCUAAAAAAAUAAAUAACGUAAGCAAGUUCUAGAGACUUAAAAAAUAUAGACAAGUCCCUCUCUCAAAAUUAUAGAAAUGUUAAAAAGUUGCUGGGGAGAGGGGAAUCUCUGACUCUCCUGGGUGCUCAUAUGAUUCUCUAUGAUUUGUGAAAUGACCUCAACAUCAUGCAUACAGCUACAGGAUUGCACUACUGUGAGUUGUAACAAUUUCAUGAAUAGGACCUUUUUGUGAUAUAGCUGACUUUGUCUCCUCCAUGCCACUGUAAGUAAGGAACCUCAGCAAAUUCAUUGUUUUACCAUGUUGUACUUUGCUGGAGUUACUUUUGUAUUUCUUUUAUUCUGUAUCUGGUGUGAGUAGGUAUUAUUUCUCCAGAGGAACAACUAACCCAACAGUUUUUCAUAUGUGUUUAUUAACCUGCCUCUAGGCCAGAAAAGCCACACCUCUAACUAUGUGCAGGUGAAUUUUUCCAUAAUGGAAUAGAAAGUUGUGGAACCAGUUAAACUUUCAGAGGACAUCAAUUGUCCAGAUGUGGGAGCCCAUUUUCAGGUUUCCUAGUGUCUUUACCCAUCAAGUCUGCAUAGAGGAGAGGAUUGGGCGUGUCUCUUUUGCUCCACCACCUUGAUAUUCCUAUAAAUAUCCUAAGGCAGAGACGGUGGGGGGCAAUGGAAUAGGUUCCUGACCUUCGUGAGGCUAUCCUGUAUUUUCUAUCUUUAUCUCCCCCCUCUGUAUUCUUCUGUCUAAUAUUUCCUGCUGCUCCUACUCAAGAGAACUCUGGGGAACUGUGGGGGUGGGUAGGCAGCCUCUCCACAUCCAUGAAAGAUUUUCCUUGGUAAAUUUUCCAGUGUCUUCAAAUACAAAAUAUUUUAUUUCUGAUAUAAGGAAUCUCUUUGGAGACUCUAUGCUUUAUCAGAGUAAUUAUACAUCUUCUAUAUUUAAUUGAGUUUUCAUUUCUCAAAAAGUACAAUAUUUGGAAUGUAUGGCCUCUCUCAAUUACAUUAACAACGUUUUAUAGUCACUCUGACAAAAGGUUACUGGACCCCAAGUCAUGAUUUGAAACCAUGCUUAUUGGCCUUACCCUAUUUCAUCUUAGCCUCACACAUAGGGAGACAAAUUACUUAUCUCUAUCAUCCAAGCAAAAACCAAAGUGACUCUCCAUUCUGGAAUAUAUGCUGACAUCUUCAAAUCCACUCUUAAUAACAAAUCUUAUGAAUGACCUGAUGUCCUAAAAAUUAUCUAUGUGAUACUUGAUUAUAAACACAGAUUUAUACUGAAAUGGCCCUGUGAUGCUUGACUCAACUCAAACCAUUAGCUGUACAUGAUUUUGUUUCAUUGGAUCUCAAUGUUAUCUCAAGACCUACUUUAAAAUAAGAGACAAAUAAAGAUAUCCACUGAUGUAGUUAACAACAAAAAAGUCAUUUUCUAUUCAUUAGCAUGGUUUUCACAAAAACACUCUCUCUUCUAUGUGGUGUUCAGAUUUCAAUGUUUUCCCUUUCAACUAAAACUUUUGCCUAAUGUUCUUUUGUGUCUGGUAUUGAUUAAUUCAAUUAUGAGGGCAAGAAGCUAGAAAGAAAGUAGUCUGAUAUUACUUCUAAAAAUUCCUUACUAUAUCUGUGGUCAAGUAAAAGAGUUUGCUGCUGCAUUGCUAAGAAGAAUAUCUGAAAACAUACAUUUGAAAAUUUUGAACCUAGAUCAAAGUUUUGACAAUCCAGCUUCUUUCUUUUUGUUUUUAUCUUUUUUCUUUUGUAUUGUCUCUCACUUCUUGACUAAUGUAAUCAUUCAUUCCACUGAAUUAAAAUUCAAAUAACUUAUAUAAGUACAAUGCUAGAGUGCGAAAAUAGCCAUGUGUCUUAUCCAGCUCUCAAUGAUACAGUAAAGAAGGAUGCAGAAGAGGUUAAUGAAUCAUCAGGAAUAGCAUAGAAAAACAAACACGCAGACAUUGACAUAGAAGGACUGUAAGCCCCCUCAGCCACAGGCUACAUAUAAUGAAAUAAUACUUCCGUAUUAAAGCGUUCACUGUAUCAAACUCAUAUAGAAGUAUACAGGUUCCAGACACAUGAAUACUGAGCCUCUGUCAUUAUUCAAGAAAUAAUAAUAAUUAAGAAAGAAAAUUAUGAUUUUUUAAACAAAUGUAUCUAAUAAAGAAGUGUUAGAAAUUAUAAACUCAUUAUGUCUAAUUAAAACUGUGGUUGGAAGUAUUUUCAAUAGAUUCAACCAAGCAAGAGUAUCGAAGACAGAUAACAGUAUUCCUCUCAAAAAAGCUCAAAGACCUUAAUGCAAGACACAAAGCUAUGAAACUGCCAGAGAAAACACUUCAAGGUAGAGGCACAGGCAAAG